GAUAUCCAUAAGUGUUGUAAGAUUUUAUUGUGAUUGUGAGAUGUAUCAAAUAGCGAAAAUAAAUAACUAAAUGAAUAAUAGAUAAAACUUUACCCACCAUCUGCACCACCAUCACGAUGACCACGCGUCCUCUCAAAACACUCUCUCUGAACUUUGAAAGCAAAGCAACCAUGGCCUUGGCCUUCUCCUACUCCAAGUACUUGAUAGUCUGCUUCUUGUGGUUGUCAAUGGCAACGGCAACGUUGGCUGUGUCGUCGGAGGACCCGGUGCCGACGCCGUGGCCCCACCAAUUCCACUCCAUACUGGUGAUGAACAAGAGCGGAAUCCUGCAGGUGAUCGACCUGUGGUACGACUGGCCCAAUGGUCGAAACUUCAACAUAAUUCAGCACCAGCUGGGUAAGCUCCUUUACGACCUGGAGUGGAACAACGGCACCUCCUUCUUCUACACCUUGGACUCCAACAGAGAGUGCCGAUCCGCUCAGUUGGAGGUGGGUAUCCUCCGCCCCAAUUGGCUCGACGGCGCCAACUAUCUGGGUCAACGCCACGUGGAUGGCUUCCUCUGCAACGUCUGGGAGAAGGUCGACUUCAUUUGGUAUUAUGAGGACGUCCUCACCAAGAGGCCUGUUAGUUGGGUCUUCUACACUGGGAGGGAAGCUCAUGUGAUGACAUUUGAAGUGGGAGCAGUGCUUGAGGAUUCUAAGUGGCAGGUCCCUGCUUAUUGUUUUGAUGAUGAUAACAAACCUCUUCUACAAUCCCAAGCCUUUUCCAUCCCCACUACUCCACCACACCACCAGCUUUUUCCCCAUGAUGGGGUUCUGCGAGGUUCUAUGGCUAUCUAAAUUCCAAAGCUUCGCAUUUCUCUACUGUUAAUAAAAUCUGGAUUAUUUAUGGACCAAAUUGCAAAACCUAACCCCCCACAAGUGUGUUGCUCCUUCAUGUUCAAUUAUCCGGACAAUGCUUUUUAGUAUUUUAAGUUACUUUCGUGUUCAGUUUUUGAGUCUUUGGCAAAUAUAAGCUCAUCAUCAUCAUCGUCUUCUGAA